AUAAACAGCAGGGUGGCAGGACAUCAGACAGACAAACAGUCAGACUCCAGGCUGAAGCUGCUGAUCUGAAACCAGACCUCCGAAAGCCACCGACAGAAUGUUGUGUCCCAGCGUCUUCCAGCCGUCCCCCGUCACCAUGAGCCCUUUCCUGGACCUGCACUGGCCCGUCCGCAGCCUGUGGCCCGAGACCCGGCCGCUCUUUUACCACAUCGAGCAGGAGAUGAUCCGCCACAUGCAGGAGAUGAGGCACAGCAUGGAGUACAUGGAGAGGCUGCACCAUAAGAUCUUCGACGAGAUCGACCAGACGUCCUCCUCCACGGGGUCCUUCAAGCCCAUCGCCUUCCAGGACCUGGGGAGGGAUGGCAGCAGCUUCGCCCUCAGCCUGGACACUAAGGAGUUCUCCCCGGAGGAGCUAUCAGUCAAACAGGUGGGCAGGAAGCUGAGGGUGAGCGGCAGGACGGAGAAGAAGCAGGAGGACGGCAAGGGCUCCUACUCCUACAGGUGUCAGGAGUUCAGGCAAGAGUUCGACCUGCCAGACGGCGUCGACCCCGAGGCCGUCACCUGCUCGCUGGCGGGAGGCCGGCUGCAGAUCCAGGCGCCCCGGGAGAGAGCGCUGCUUGAUGGGAAAGAGAGGGUCGUCCCCAUCAGCGUCACCUCGGCGCCAGCCAUCACCUCCUCCUCCUCCUCCUCCACCAGCGGGGGACCGGAGGGGAGCGGCGCCGCCUCCUCAGAGAGCGCCGCUGCUGAGAAGAACUGAGCUGAAAACGCAGUGAACCAUCUCGUCUAUUCACUUAUCUCUGUUGUUGCAGUGUGGUUUUGCUGUGUCUGUCAGGCGGAGGGAACGUGAGGCUGAUAUUAUUUUUCUAAUAAACUUCUCAUGUGAUGUUCAA